AUGUCACUAUAUGCGGAAUCACCCCAGAGUACCGCUCCAAUGGUCACACCCAAUCUCCCUGCUUUGAUCAGCCAACCUGCACCACCAAUAAUAUUACCCACUGUGCUUCAAACAAGCCAAUAUCUCGCCUCUUUCUUUCCAAAACGAGCUCGCGAUGUUCCAUGGCUAUAUCAUGAACCUAGGAAUGCUCGCUACUCACCAGCUGCUGCCCCGGUCGCUCGCAUAGUAUGCAGUAUCACGCCCACCGCUGGAGUCUACACUGCAAUGCACACCGCUCGCACACCACCACCUCUAGUCUUUCUUCAUCGGCCUUUUACUUUGGAUCGGAAACGCGUGCCUAGAGGCGCCAAUAUCUUGAGCUCUCAUGUUGGCUUUGAUGAAGUCUUGACAACUGGCUGGAACGAAGCUUUAGCUCGGCGACUUGACUUGUAUACAGGCGACGACGCUGUAUGCAUACAGGGCUACAAAGGCGACCCAGACCGUCGUAUAGGCCUCGUCGCUACUUUCCACACGCCUGUGAAUCUAGCAUCAGUUUCUGAUCGCAUUAAGCGCGAAUUUGGGCAGUGGGACGCUGUCUAUGGAGCCAACGUUGAAAGCGAGACCGAUAUGGCACAACCUGUCACAGUGGUUGCCAUCAUGAAUGCGUUCCACCCGGACGAAGUACAAAGAGUUGCGGAAGCUGCAUUAUCUAAGGGCUGGAUUUCAGAUAUCAACGACGGGAAUAGCAUAGUCUACCUCACUGGCCAAGCGAGAGAGCCUGGACUUCUUGCCGCACAGGAGAAGAAGAUGAAGGUUUUCUGUGUUGGGCAUCGUAGCUGCGAGGAAUGGGGCAUCAGACACAUUGCCUCUGAGCUCAGGCAGGAAUUUCCUAUGGUCGAUGUAUGUGAGGUGUAUGAGGACGAGGAACCACGAGAGCCGAGGAAGCCGAAACCUGAUCUCAAGAGGAACGUUCCUUCCUCGUCAGCGAACCUACCAGAGCAGAAGCGCAGACAUGAAGGAGAAGCUACCACUGUAUAG